AUGGCAGACUGCGAUCGUGCGGAGUUGUACGUGUCAUUUGCGGCGUUGGGUUGUGCGGAGCAGCUGCAUGAGGAGAUCCUUGCGUUCAUUGCUUGGGCAGAUUUGACGCGUGGGGAGGUUGAGGAUAGAAAGAAAAUCCUGGCCAAUAUCUCUGUGGUAUCCCAGACCCUUUGGCCUGACUGCCAAUUGGCACCCUUUGGUAGCUUCUUCAACGGCCUCUCACUACCCCUUGCAGACGUCGACAUCUGCAUUCUUAACGUCCCCACCCACCAGAACAAUCUACGCAAUGACAUACACGACCUCGCACGCCUUCUCAAAAGCUGUCCCUUCACCACUGAGGUCAACGCCGUUACCAAGGCCCGCGUACCCAUCGUCAAGUUCACUGACAAAAGCUCCGACGUACAAGUCGACCUCACCAUCAACCAAGACUCCGCCAUGAAAACCAGUGGCUACAUACACGAACGGGUAACCACCUGUCCACACCACAGUUACCCCCUCGACAGUUACCCCAUCCACAGUUACCCCCUCGACAGUUACCCCCUCGACAGUUACCCCCUCGACAGUUACCCCCUCGACAGUUACCCCCUCGACA